AUGCAUCUCCACGCAGCAUUCUUUACCUCAGUGCUAGCAACAGCAUGUGCACACGACGUUCUCUUCGGGCGUGAUUUGCCUCCUCCGAUUGCUGUAAACACGGAUAGUUACACUUCUUGCGCAAACGCGGCAUGGCCCCCUUCUCCAAUUGGAGCCGAGCUGGUUCCCCAAUCGCCAGACGACGAACUCAAGACGAUGGUGGAUGAGAUCAGUGCGGCAAACGUUGAAGCCAUCAUAACCAAACUUGUCUCCUUUGGCACUCGUCACACCCUGAGCACGCAGAACAGUACAACCCAGGGAAUAGGUGCCGCAAAGAAUUGGAUAGCACAGCAAAUGAAGGGGUUUGCUGAGACUAGUGAUGGAAGAAUGACAGUGAGCGUGGAAGGAUAUAUUCAAGGCAUUGCGAGCCGGAUACCUUUUCCGACUAGAAUCGACAAUGUGCUGGCGACUAUCAAGGGAAGCGAGGAAUCUGAGAGGGUGUACGUUAUGACGGGUCACUAUGACAGUCGAGUUACCGAUGUACUGGACUACACUUCGGAUGCUCCGGGGGCAAACGACGAUGCCAGCGGUGUUGCCGUUGCAAUGGAACUUGCCCGUAUACUAGCAACCCGGAAACCGAAAGCAACAAUAAUCCUCGGCACUGUAGCUGGCGAAGAGCAAGGCCUCUAUGGUUCAACUUUCCUCGCCCAGACUCUGAAAAAUUCAAGCACGAACGUAGAAGGCAUGCUGAACUGCGACAUUGUUGGCUCCUCUACCGGGGAUCGCGGCCAGAGAGACCCAUACACAGUCCGCGUACUUGCCCAAGGACCUCCGCUAUCGGAAACAAACAGAACAGCAGCUCUACGACUCCAGAUUGGCGGCGAGAACGACAGUCCAGCAAGAGAACUGGCUCGUUUUUCUGCCGAAGUCGCUGCUAACAACGCCACUGGCAUGAACAUCGCCCUGAUCUAUCGUCUUGAUCGCUUUCUCCGUGGAGGCGACCAUUCGCCUUUCCUCCAGGCCGGCUACCCCGCUGUCCGCUACACAGAACCGAAUGAGAAUUUCAACCACCAGCACCAAGACGUGCGAACUGAGAAUGGUACCGUGUACGGCGACUUGAUCGAAUUCGUCGACUUUGACUUCACGGCACGUGUUGCCAAGGUUAAUCUUGCAACGAUCUGGUCGUUGUCGCAAGCUCCGGGACUGGUCCGUAACCUUACUGUCGAUACCACGGUUUUGGAUAAUGACACCCGGCUCAAGUGGAUUGUGUCGAACAGCACUAGCGUGUCCAGUUACGAGGUUGUAUGGCGCUCCACCAUAGCACCUUUCUGGUCGCAUAUGUUGGAUGUCGGAAAGGUGGGCAGUGUCACAUUGCCGCUGAGCAAGGAUAAUGUGAUCUUUGGUGUGCGAGCUGUGGGAACGAAUGGGUACAAAAGCCCAGCUUCGUAUCCAUUCCCCGGAUAG